AUGGAGGCUCAACCCAGCGGGGCGACGGCGGACGAAACCGAGAUGGGAGAUACCACUCGGAACAACGCUGCGCAGGUCCGGCGGCUCGUUAGUCCAAGCUGGUGGUGGCGGCCCAACUCGACGCACUCUCAGCAAUUAACGCGGCAGCUGUCUUGGCUCAUGAUCCCACAGGCUCUGGACCACGGAUGUGGCUUAAAUAAGCCGAAGAGAGGUCACCGCAGCCGGACCAAGGCAUGGGCUGCCCAUACAAAACGACCGGCGACGACGAGUGACCUGCCCACAUCGGCCGUACUCCCCGAUGCUGAACCCGAUCGAGAAUAUGUGGCCGGGUUGAAGAGCCGCAUUAAGACAUCUUUGCGCGAACGAGUCGCGGCCUUUAUGGGGCCACCGCCAGACGGACACACUCGUAAUGUGUUUUGCAUGCAAAACUUGUAA